AUGACCGCAAGCAACGGUACUGGUCCGCCCGUGCCUCCCUCCUUCAAAUUUGUAAUUGGCGGAGAUGAGCAUAAUGACGGAGGGGGAUCUCAUGAGCACUCGAGUCUUUUAUCCACUCAUCAUCAAGUUGGGCCAUCCGGAAAUAUGGCUCCAAGCACGUCUGGAAUAGUCCGGGCGCCCACAAAAGUGUCUUCUAGGUUCUUGCUCUCGGUCGAGACGGAUGCUCCACCACCAAUGACUAGAGAUGACAGUCAUCGAGAGCUCUAUGCUUGGGGAUCCAACAAAGAUGCCGGCGGUAACCACAACCUUGCUCUUUUUGAAGAGCCGUCAAUGCCAUUCUUUUCAAGUUAUCUAAAAGCCCAUAUCACUCCCGGGCCGCUCGAACGAGCUCAAAGCUCAUCUCACGGAGGUCAUGGAGCUAAAGCUGAUCUUGGAGUGCUACUUGGUGUCUAUCUACCAACAAUCCAGCAUAUUCUUGGAGUAACGAUGUUCAUUCGUUUAUUCUGGCUUGUCGGUAUCGCUGGUCUCGGACAAACAUUUCUUCUGCUCUUCCUCUGCUGCUUCUGUACCUUCCUUACAUGCAUCUCGAUAUCUGCUGUCGCAACAAAUGGAGUCGUUGAAUCUGGUGGAGCCUACUUUAUGAUAUCUCGAAACUUAGGCCCCGAGUUCGGAUCUGCUGUGGGAAUUCUUUUCUAUCUCGCUAACACUGUUGCUACUUCUAUGUACUUAGUCGGAGGAGUUGAAAUACUGUUACUGUACAUCUUCCCUUGGCUCACUUUUGGAGGACCUGAAGGGCAACAUGAUACUUCUCUCUUCGGUACCAUGACCAACUCACUGCGAUUCUACUCCACAAUUCUACUCCUAAUCGAAUUCGCUAUUGUUGCCAUGGGAGUCAAGUUUGUACAAAUGCUUGCACCUGUUUCUCUCAUCUGUGUGAUCUUGUCGAUUCUCGCUUGUUAUGCCGGAGGAGUCACGAAAACAAUCUCCCCUGAAUCAGGACAAUAUGUUUGCAUGUUCAACAACCGUCUUCUUCAAUCCAGUUCGUUGAGUAAUGAUUCAUUCGACCUUGCAAGUAUCUGCGAUUAUUGCGAUAAAAACAACACCUACCUUUACGAGAAAGUAUGCGGUCUUAAAGGAUGCAAUAAUACAGAAACCGAGAAGGGUUUCCAGUGUAUCAAUGGCUUCCCUGGGUUCAUGGGUGGACAAACGUUGCUUGCGAACCUUGGACCUAACUAUCUUGAUAAGGGAGAAGCUUACCCAGGUGCUCCAGCUGACAUAAAAACUGAUGUCUAUCAAGACGUUCGAACCACCUUCUUCGUCCUCUUGGCUAUUUAUUUCCCUGCUGUGACUGGUAUAUUUACCGGUGCGAAUAUGAGCGGAGAUUUGAAGAAUCCACAAGCCUCGAUUCCUGCUGGAACUAUUGCUGCAAAUCUGACAACCUCCUUCAUCUAUUUCUCGUUAGCAUUCAUUUUCGGAGGAGCUAUUGACGGAGCAGUACUCAGAGACAAGAAUGGGCAAUCUGUCGGUGGGCAAAUGGUUGUGGCCCUACUUUCUUGGCCUUCCCCCUGGGUUCUUCUCAUCGGAUCGUUCCUUUCUACAUUCGGUGCCGCUCUUCAAUGUCUCUGCUCUGCUCCACGUCUCCUUCAAGCUAUUGCCAAAGACGAAGUCAUUCCUCUGUUGUCUCCAUUCAAAAAAGUUACUGCAAACAACGAACCAUUCCUUGGAUUGAUAUUGACCACUAUUAUUGCUGAAAUUGCCAUUCUCAUGGGAAGUAUGGACACAAUUGCCGCAGUUGUCGAUUUCUUCUUCCUGAUGUGUUAUGCCUUCGUAAAUAUCAUCUGCACUCUCCACUCACUUCUUGGAGCACCAAACUGGAGACCAAGAUUCAAGUACUACCAUUGGUUCUUAUCACUUCUUGGUGCAGUACUAUGUUUCUUCAUCAUGUUCUCCACCCAUUGGGAUUAUGCCAUAGUCGCUUGCCUUCUCUGUCUUGUCAUUUACAAGUAUGUCGAAUGGAAAGGAGCCAAGAAAGAAUGGGGAGAUGGUAUUCGUGGACUGGCUUUGACAACUGCGCAGUAUUCAUUGAUGAAGAUUGAAGACAAGGAACCACAUCCAAAGAACUGGAGACCCCAACUUCUUCUCCUCCUCUCAAUGCAAUGGUCGAAAGAAAUCAUCGAUGUUCGUUAUCUGAAUCUGCUCAAUUUGGCUUCACAAUUGAAGGCUGGAAAAGGUUUGACUGUCGUCACAGCAUUCUUGAAGGGAGAUCCCACAAGUCCUGAUGACAAGAAGAAAGGAGAACAAGUCAAAGCACGCAUGGACUUCGAUAUGAACCAAGUUCGUCUUCGUGGGUUUGCAAAAACUCUUGUUCAUUCGGAAGAUCAAGUACGGGGAUCUAUGUCAACACUCGUUCAAUCUGUCGGACUUGGAGGACUCAAACCAAACACAAUGCUCAUUUCCUGGCCAGUUCAUGAUCGAGAAGAAGACCUGACUGAAUACAACACAUUCAUAGAGAAAGUUCAUGCUGCUUCAAUCAAUGACAUGGCUAUUGUCGUCGCCAAAGGAAUCAUCGACUUUCCAUCAGCCGUUUUCCGAAUGAGUGGAAUGAUUGACGUUUACUGGAUUGUUCACGACGGUGGUCUCUGCUUAUUAAUGGGGUACCUAUUAAAGCAACACAAAGUAUGGCGUGGAUGUAAACUGCGAGUUAUUGGUAUUGCGCAAGAGUCGGAUAACAACGUGAAAAUGCAAGAAGAUUUACAAAAAUACGUCUAUCAACUUCGUAUCGACGCUAAGAUAAUGAUUGUCGAGUUGGCUGAUCCAGAAAUUUCGAAGAACGCGUUCGAGCGAACUUUGUUGAUGGAAGAGCGAACGAUGAUGAUGAGAGAUCUACAAAAAGUUUCUGGUGGAGGAAUGUCUUUAUCGCUACCACCCUCAAAUGCUUCACGGGCAGUAUCUCCGCUUGUUACAUCAGAAAAGAGAGAAAACUCGAAAGAUUCAGAUGAUGGAACGACAGGAAGUGAAGAAACAUCGGAGAAGAAGUCACCCACUGCUGAUAAUGAACAAGCAAACCAAGAUACAAAGACCAAGAAAGAGAAGAUGAAGGCUUUGGAUAGGUCGAAAGUGUCGAAGAUGCAUACAGCAGUCCGACUAAACGAACUUCUGCUACAGCACUCCGCCAAUUCUCAGUUGAUUCUUCUCAACUUGCCCAAACCACCAGUGCACAAAGACGAACAAGCUCUGGAUGAUUAUGUGCAUUAUUUGGAAGUCAUGACUGAUAAGUUGAAUCGAGUAAUUUUCGUGCGAGGAACAGGCAAAGAAGUUAUUACUGAAAGCUCAUAA